UUCAUAUAUAUAACAAUUAAAGAAAAAUAAAAAUAUAGAAGUCAGACAGAACUCGAGGGCAAAGGCACAAGGGUUCCUCUCGACCUCUCAAUGAAAAUCUCGUCCAGGGUUUGUUCUUGAUUCACCUGAGAAACGCGUCGAGGAUUUGACCCACGAUGACAGCUUCCGGAUUCGGGCAUGUGGGUCACUGCUGGUUUUUGGUUUAAGGCUUCAAGUUUUUAGCUUUUGCCUGGAAAAGUUCUGACCUUUAUCGCUCUUUGGAUCAAUCUAGAGUUGGCAGAUUGUGCAAGUGGAUACAAAGCUUGAGUCUUUUUUUUCUGCUUUUGGAAUUGAGGAAGGGAUAUGGUAUAGAGAUUUAUUGUUAUUCUCUGCUUAGCUUUUUUGGGAGAAAGAAGUUUUUGGGUUCUUGAGGUUUUUGAUGGAGAAGGAGAGCGAUGAUGGGUUAUACCCUGAUGAGCCUUUUGGUUCCGAGGAGAUCACUGCUCAGUCUUCAAUGGAAGACUUGCAGGAGGACUUCACGGUUGAGAAAGGUGAAGGGAGUGGUGGUGUUGUUUUCGCCAGAGAGGCACCUUGCAGUGCAAAGAAACUAAAGUACAGUGGUGAUGAUGUUGAUGUUCUUCUGGAGAAGGGGAGUGUAGGGAAAGAGAAGAAGCUUAACAGACAGGACAGAAUCGAAUUGGGACGACUCUUCCAAGGUGCUGUUAGCUCUCAGGACUGGGAACUCUCCGAGAGGAUGAUUGGUUUGGCUGAUCUACAGACUUUGAAUGAUCUCUUGUGUAUUAGUCUAGAUUCUAUUUGGUUCUUGACCACUGAGGGAGAGUUAGAGGGUAUCACUGGAUUGAUUGGGAAGAUCAUAUGUCAUGGUGCUCAUGACUAUACUAGAGCUACACUCAGAACUUCAUUUCUUGCUUCAUGUGUUUCAUCUUGUCAGAGCAGGACAGUGAGUCUUUCUGAUAGUGUAGCUGUAAUGGCUCAAAGGUUACAUGAGCGUCUUCAAGAGUGUAACGGUGAUGAGGUUCUUAAAGCAGAAGCAAGUACCAAAGUUCAGAAGUUUACUGAAUGGGCCCUCAAAUGCAUAGGUUUCCACUCUCGUUGCCAUGGCGCUAGAAAUAAAGCUGGCCAGGACUCUGCUGCAGAGAUCCAACUCCAGCUUUCUGCUUUCAAGACGUUCUUAGAUCUUGCAGGAAACCAUCUGACAGGAAAGGAUUUCACAGAAGCCUUUGAUGCAGCUUGUUUUCCACUGACGCUGUUCUCUACCUCUUUUCAUCCUGGCUGGGCUUCUGGAAUCUCAGCUACUGUGGUACAUGGAUUGCUCGGUAUGCUGGUGGAAGGAGGAGCAGAUAACGUGAAUCAGUGCUUUCUUGAAGCUUCUCGUUUUGGUAGCACAGAGCUUGUGCGCAUCUUGUUGCAGAUUGCUCAAAGGAAUAGCUUAGACGUGGAUGUUGACUUAGCAUUGGGUUUUGCUUCCCACUAUAGUAAGAUUGAAACUAUGGACUGCCUUGUGGAAGAAGGUCACGCCAUGGCUUUCUUGGGUCCUUUGAUGAGAGCAGCGGAGAGAGGUUGUAUGCAAGUUGUGGAAUGGUUUGUGAAAAGAGGCUGCCGUGAAAUGGAGCUAUGCUUGGCUCUCACAGCCGCCACUUCGAGCAGCCAGGUCGAGAUCGCAGCUUAUCUCCUUCCUCAUGUACCAAGACCCGUCCUCACUGCUCUCAGCAUCGAGAUCCUCAAAGCAGCUGGUGAAAGAAGCGAUGGUUCUCUCUACGGAGUAGAGUUUCUCCUCAAAUCAGACUUCCUCGGUGAUCCGGUAGCCACUUACUCAGUUGCAGACACCAUUGCAAAGUCAGAAGACGAGUCUGUUCCUUCGGAGCUGAAAACGUUUCUCCAAGAACACUGGUCAGAGGCUGCAUUCAGCCAAGGGUUGGAGGAAAGCCGCGAGAACUUCAUGAACUUCAUGAGGGUUUUGAAGAUUGGCGAGUCUGCUAUACGUCUGAAGGACCUCCCAGGUCCAUUGAGAGUUGCAGUCGCUUACAUGCCACUGUACAGAGAGUGUGUGAAAGCAGGAGGGAGUUUACUCUCACAGAGACUAAGGGGACAGCUCAUUGAAGCGGUGAAGCAGCUUCAAGGCUUUGAUGUGGUGGACACAGAGGAAGUAUACAAAGGUCAUCAGCAUCAUCAGCUCAUGGCAGUGUUGGAGCAUCACCUUCCGCUUUUUUUGGUCAAAGCUUCUUCUUCACACUGAGCAAUAAAUUGGAUCCAGCACCUGAGUUAUCCGGGUUUAACCUUUGCCCAUUUCUUUAAUUAAAAAUAAGAACUAAAUAAAACAAAUCAUAUACCUCUAGAGAUUUGGAACCGGAUCCAGGGUUUGGAUUAUGAUGAAAGGAGCUUUCUAUGAAACUAACUUGCUAUGAGAAUGUCUUUGUCAAGUCUCUUAAACGGUUCCUAACCCAUGGGAGAAGAUGAUAUCCAAAACGUUUCUAUAAUAUUAUUAUUACAUCUAAAAAAUAAAUAAGACACAGUCUUGCUUCUGUC